ACUCCACAGGUUUUCUUUACUACUCUUCACGUCUCACCACCGUAACUCUUCUUUUCUACAGACAUGGGGACUUGGGAUGACUAUAUGGCUUAUAGAAAAAUGAUGGACCAAAACCUAUUGGGAUCUAGUUCUCAACAGAUGAGUGACUCCCCUACAGAUGCUGGAGAACCGUCUAGAGUACCAGAGACGCCUACAAAUGGACAAGGCUCAACGGAUCCAGCAGAAUUAGGCAUUACUAAGGCUGUGAAAAAAAUUGUGGAGAGCGAUUUCAAAGAAGUGGCUCCUAAUUGGUCAACACUCUCAAGCGAUACCAAGUUACGUUGGUUCAAAGCAUUUGCGCAAAAGUAUAAUUGGCGUUAUGAGAUAACAACACUUGUUCAACAUGAGUUUGAGACUUUGUGUGCAUCUCGUUUGCUGGGAUAUGUCCAUGAAUGGAAAAAGGCAUGGAAGCAAGACAAGGGGAAGCCCCAAUGGAUGCUGAACUCUGUUUGGAUUGGUCUUAUUGCUUUCUGGGAAAACGAGAAAAGCAUCAAGAGAAGCAAAACCAACUCCAAAAAUAAGAAGAGCGAUCGUGGUGGCUUAGGGAUAGCUAAGCACACAUGUGGGUCAAUGCCAUAUGUCCGGAGAAGAGAAGAGAUGCGUGAUAAGGUGACAGGAGAGCUCCCAGAUAUGGUUACUUUUAUGGAAGCAACCCAUAAGAGAAAGUCUGAUGGUGUAUUUGUGUGCAAAAAAGCUGAGUUGAUCGCCAAAAAAUGUCGAAACAUGGAGCACCAAAUUCUCAGUCAAAGAGACAAUGACGAUGGUGACACUUUGGACACUAACCAUCUUACACAAGAAGAAAUUGAUGCCAUUUACCAAGGGGAAGUUCAAGUGAAGAAAGGGAAGAAAUUUGGCUAUGGUUCAAUUCCGGUAGCUGAUCCUAGUGUUGAUGCAUCUCCAAAUUAUGAAGAAAUGUAUCUUGAGACUCAAGAAAAGCUCCAGAAAUCGGACCAAGUGAUUGAGGGAAUGCUGCUGAAGUUUAAAGAUGUUGAUUUUUGGAUUACUAUGAUGCAGAACAAGUUUCCAAAUGAAGUUCCACCUUCCAUGAUAACAACAAUGAACACCAAUGGUGGUCUUUGAAUUCAAUUAGUAAUUUGGUUUCAUUAAGAGUUUAAGCAUUUAGGAUUGUUUUUCAAUAUUAUGUUUGGAUGUUUAAGUGUUUUGAGAU